UAAAGCUGGAGGUUUCUCUGACUCAUUCACUGUGUUUCAGUUGGUGGUGUGGUGAUUUAUGGAUUACUUUUUAAGGCUGUGAUAGUCAUUAUAAGCAAGAAAGUGAUGUUUGCUGUUACAUGCCUAGUCUUCAUAUUAUUUAAUGGUGGAAUUGCUGGCAAGCUUUCCACUCUGGAUGGAUCUACAUCAAAUCAGGGUUAUAAAGGAAACACCAUAAAUGAAAACAAUUUAGCUGCUAUAGCAGGGGUGAGAGCUUUCACUCAGGAGGAGGAGGUGAAGCCAUGGAGUGUGGAUGGGAAAGAGGCGUGGCCUCACUCAUGGCCCUGGCAGGUAGUGCUGAGUUUUGCCAACAUGCCAGUCUGUGGUGGUGCCAUCCUCAGCCAGUACUGGAUCGUCACAGCCGGCCACUGUUUCAGACGAUAUGCUAAUGAAUCGUUCUGGUCAGUGAGGGCUGGGAAACAUGAUCUGGAAAAUGAAAAGGAAUCGUGCCAACAGAAUGCCAAAGUGGCUAAAAUCAUCACUCACAAGGACUAUAACAGCAUAACCAAACAGCAUGACAUUGCCCUGCUGAAGCUGCAGACUCCACUGCUGUUUGACGAGUGUGUGAGGCCCAUUCCUGUCUGGAGCGGAGACUUGUCUUCAGUGAAACGAUGCACCGUUACAGGCUGGGGUUCCACCCCUGAGAGUGGCCCCCAUGUGGACAGGCUUCAAGAGGCCAACGUCACCAUCUUGGAGUCUGAUAUCUGUGUCAGAUUUUAUGGAGGGGUUAUCCGUUCCUCUAUGGUGUGUGCUGGAGAUGUGACGGGAGGUGUGGCUGCGUGUCAGGGGGAUUCUGGGAGUCCCUUGUCGUGCUUCACAGGAAAGCGGUAUGAAGUUGCUGGAAUCGUUAGUUGGGGAGUGGGCUGUGGCCGUGCUUGGAAACCAGGGGUCUACACCCGAGUUGCUUUUUACAUCCAGUGGAUUAAUUCCAUCAUUGAUGGUCAACUUGGAGCUGAUGGCUCAUGGAAGGUAUUAACAGCAAGCAGAAAAUUAUUUCCUCCUACUGAACUUGCAGUGAAACAGUGUGGCCAUGCUGAGGUGAAACCCUGCAGGCUGGAUCAAGGCUAUGUAGGUUUCGAGUCAUCUGAGCCCAGUGGAGAGCUGAAAGUGGUAAACGUGACAGAGGCAUGUCCUCACUCCUGGCCCUGGCAGGUCAGCUUGCAAAGUGGAGAUGACCACUACUGCAGCGGUACCCUCAUUGACGAACGCUGGGUUCUGACUACACGCCACUGCCGUGCUGAAGCUGGAGAUAUGGUGGUGCUUGGUGCACAUGAUCUCAACUCCAUGGAAAGUCAGCAAGUAUCAGUCAAGGCAGUCUACAGCGAGCCCUAUGAUGGCAGCUACCCUCCGCUGCAUGACCUCGCUCUCAUCUACCUCAGUGUUCCAGCUCAACUAGGAUCUUCAGUAUUCCCAGUUUGUAUCCCAGAUGAAGACUUGAGGUUUGAUCAAAGCUCAUCUUGCGUGACAACAGGUUGGGGUUAUAAAAGGUCAACACCGAACCUGAGUCCUAAUGUUCUGCAUCAGGCCCAAGUGAAUCCAUUACCUGACCUGGCCUGCUGGAGCAGCUGGGGUCAGGUUUUUAGCUCCAGUGUCCUCCUGUGCACGCAACCUGCCGCCUCAUCAUCCUGCCUGGGUGAUGCUGGUGCACCACUUUUGUGCCAAAAGAAUGGACGGUACUAUCUGGCUGGCAUGAUGGCAUUGGGGCUCACACGGUGUGAUCAAGAGAAACCAGCCAUCUUUACUAGUCUGUCCAGCUUCCAGUCCUGGAUUGAGAAAAUUAUGAACAUUUAUGAAGGAAUAUAAUAAAUAAUGCAACUUUUAAUUGUUUUGUACAUAUUGGUGCACUACAUCUCCAGUGAAGACCUUAAAGGAAAACUCCACCCUGAAAUGCAUUAAAUGUUUAUACUGAAA